ACUCAUGGAAAUGCAAUUUGAGGAGGAACGGAUACCAGCGAUCGAACCAAGUUUAGGCGCACAGCGCUGGCACUAGACGCACAAGUGGUCGAACAAGUCUCAGACCUGAUAACCGAUCCUCCGGAGAACGACAGGUAUUCGACUUUGAAGAACCGACUACUUGCUAUUUUUGGUGAAUCCGAACGUGUUAGAUGGCAUAAACUUCAAGCAAUAGAAUUAGGAGUUCGGAAACCGUCAAUGCUUCUGAACGCCAUGAGACGACUCGCAGGAGGCCAGCUUGGAAAUUAUGCUCUGCAGAAUAUGUUUCUGGAUAAAAUGCCAGAACACAUUAGUAUCCUCCUGUCCGCUGAACCAGAUAUAAAGUUGGAUAAACUCGCAGCUCGAGCGGAUCACAUAAUGGAUGCUGCAAGACCGCAGGUAGCACACAUCUCAACAGAGGCCCCUUUUAAGGAACACAUUGAAGCUUUCAACAGAGGACCGCCACGCAAGGGCAGCACACAAAAUAACUGGCGACCAGCGCCUUCAAAUAAAGGCAAGCGCAAUGACCGUUCAGGUUAUGUCUGCUUCUAUCACCGUAGGUUUGGAUACAAAGCCCGCAACUGUGAGGACAAAUGCGCUUUCAAACCAAGACAGCCAGUCGCAAUAGGAUCACUAAGUGAUGGUUCUACAUCCAAUCUCCUCACGAUCAGUGACAAGUUCAACCAGUUAUGCUUCCUUGUCGACACUGGAGCAGAGAUCUCAGUCCUACCAAAAAUGUGCUGCAAGGGAUUCAGCAAACAAACAAACUGCAAGCUGCAUGCUGCUAACGGCACUUCUAUCAAGACGUUUGGCACCAAAAGUCUGACCCUUGACCUAGGACUACAGAAACCUUUCCGUUGGGAGUUCUGCGUGGCUGAUGUGGAGCAGCCCAGCAUCGGGGCGGAUUUCUUAAAAAGCCACAACCUGCCAGUAAACCUCAAUAACCGACGCCUGAGGAACAUGGUCUCACUCCACAGCUCGGACGAGAAUACGCCUGCCAUGCCAACAAAAUUUGAUGACACCACCUCCAGUAGAACGACCUGCUCAUCCACCUUCUUACCUAAAGAAAUAUCGCGCCGUCCCAAGGUACGUCGCUGGAGGGGGAGCAGUGUGGCGACCCACGAGGCAGCAGCCAAUCCGGACAGAGGACCUUCGUGGCGGUGGCACCCUCAGCAGUUCGACGAGCGGGAAGCUUCCAGUCGCUUCUAGUCGUCUCGCAUCACCCGCAUCUAGCACACCAGCAUGUCCGCCUUCCUGUACAUGUUAACUAAUUAAUAAAUAUAGUGUGUGUUUUA